AUGUGCAGGUAUAUAUACCAUAAUUGUAUACUUAUAACUUGUUUUGCCGUUCUUGUUAGCCAGGUCCUAGCGAAUAGUACGGAAUUGGUUCAGAAGCAUAGGAUCAAGAGGAAAGUUGUCUUUACAAAGAGUAGUAAAUAUUUUUUUCGAUUCAAUGGUAAGCUCAAUAGUUUGAACUGGACUCAAAUAUUUGCCUUCGGAUACACAGUCAGAGUGAACUUUGAUCUACCACAUGACAUUCCAAGGAGAUAUCAGUUUUUCAAAAGGGACAUCCAUGAGGAUAUUCAAAAUAUUCCCGAUGAGUAA